AUGUUCUUCCUGUUGGAAUUCGUCAGUGUGACUUCUGAACUGACUUUCGGCAUAACCAUCAUGCUACCUAUUGCUCAACAAUACGCAGUUAUCCAGGCGAAAUUGUGGAGAACCCAGCCAGUGGAGAACAUAUUUUUCCCUACAUCCGCUGGUACCGUUGAGGCGGCUGCAGUGCGCUUCCUAACCGAUCAAGUUUACCAUGCGGACGACAUUCUUCGUCUAGCCUAUGGCACGAGCUCGCUCAAGUAUUUUUUGACGUCGCACGGGAUCAGUCAUAAUGUAUAUGCGCCAUUAACCACCCGUUGGUGGGCGCGUGAAGACGACGAGAGCGUGGAAGGUUCCUUCGCUUUAACCGAUAGUGCGGAUGUUAUGCUCCUGCACACGUUUUCUGCUCAUGGUUUUAUCGGACGCACAUUUACUCACGCGCUGGAUGAAAUGCACACUAUGCUGCAUUACAACACUCCUCACUCGUAUUUCAAGUGGACCACCAGCGCCGAAGCACGCGUCGCAAACACUCUGUCGCUCACGGUAUCAAGUCUUUUUCUCGACUACUCAGCAGCACUUGAGUCCGCCAAUAUAACGCUGCCGGCGCUUCGUGCACUCAAGCACCAGCAAGAGAUAAUCGCUGCUAGCCCAGCGUCAUCGAGCAACAAGGGACAUUUACUCAAGAAGCUCAGCGAUAAGAUCAAGAAUAGAUUUCCUUUCGGUGUCUCGCAGUCGGCCGACCAGAACGACUUCAAGGAAGGGCUGGAGGUUAUCAUUGGCAACAUGGACAACUUGGCAUCUUACCUAGGAUGGGCCGUCGAUUAUCUGGUCGACGGACGCGCUUUCUAA